AAGAGCCUCAAUUGUAGCAACAGUAGCAGUGUGUUAGAGAUCAACCACUUGUACAGCAGACAUCAGAAGCACCAGCACAAACUACAGCUCAGACUGUCUUCAAGCGCACAGUAGGAAGCAGCACUGAAAAAUUCCAUUGGAUUGGGGAUCUUGUGAUCAGACCACGAGAAAAUAUGAGCCGCAAAGUCCCUGAAAAGUCUGAUGACAUUGCAAAGGACCUGGACCACCUUUCAUUGGAUGGAGACGUAGGUGAAAGAAAUGCAAACAUUCAGACAACAGGUGAUGAUGAUGAUGAUGAUGAAGAAGAUUAUGAAGGUGAAGAUGAUGAUGGUGAAGAUGAAGAUAAUGAAGAAGGUGAUGAGGAUGAUGACGAUGAUGAGGAUGAUGACGAUGAUGAUGAUGAUGAAGAUGAUGAUGAAGAUGACGACGAUGAUGAAGACGACGAUGAUGAAGAUGACGAUGAUGAAGAUGACGAUGAUGAUGAUGAUGAAGAUGAUGAUGAUGAUGACGACGAUGAUGAAGACGACGAUGAUGAAGAUGAUGAUGAUGAAGAUGACGAUGAUGACGAUGAUGAUGAUGAUGAUGAAGAUGACGACGACGACGAUGAAGAUGAUGAUUAUGAGAGCUCAGAAUUAUCCUCCGAGGAGAAUAAGUAUGAGAAGGAGCGGAGACGGCAAUUGGAAGAGGAGAAAAAGAGGAAGAAGAAGAAGAAAAGGAAAAGACAGAAGAAGAUCCUGAUGGGGGUUGCAGUUGGAGUCGGUAUAGUAGCAGUUGCAGCUUUAACCGUGGCUACUGGUGGUGGAGGAGGUGUAGCUGCUUUGGUCGCAGGUAAAGCUGCACUUAAACAUGCAAUUAAGAAGAAGAAGGGAAAAAAAAGCUGCAAAAAACGUACAAAAUAAAUAAUUUGACUUACUAGGACAUGAGAGUUUAUAUAUAGUUUUCCCACACUUAUUUGUCAUGCUAACCUGAUAAGUUGCAUCCUUCUGUACAAAGGUCUUUGAUCUCCCAUUAUUGUCAUGGUGUCCUGAAUGGUCACUAGUCAGUGUGUGUUGUGUUGUCUUUAUUCAGCAAAUAAAAGCUUGCAAUAAUUCAUAUGAAAUGA